UUCUCUCACUAUAAAUUGCCACUCUCUCCCAUACCCUUUUUCUUCGACUUGUAAGUCGUAACAAACCCAAGAAACCGACUCAACUCACAAUGGGAGAGAAGAAGCAGAACAAGAAUGAAGGCGAGAAGAAGAAGGACGGCAAUGGAGGAGCCAAGAAGGAAGACAGCGGUCUCAUCACUGUUGUCUUGAAGGUGGACCUGCACUGCGAGGGUUGCGGUUCCAAAAUCGUCAAAUAUUUGAAGGGUCUUGACGGUGUGGCGAACGCGAAAGCAGACAGCGACACUAACAAGGUGACAGUGAUCGGAAAAGUGGAUCCGUCGAUGCUCCGAGAGAAGCUUGAACAGAAAACGAAGAAGAAGGUGGAACUGCUGUCUCCGGCGCCGAAGAAGGACAAGAAGAACGACGACGGAGGAGGAGGAGACAAGAAAGCUGAGAAAAAACCAGAGAAAAAGGCAGAAGACAAAAAACCUAAAGAGCCCCCGGUGACGACGGCGGUUCUGAAGAUCGAUUUGCACUGCGCGGGAUGCAUCGACAAGAUUCAGCGAACGGUUUCCAAGACCAAAGGGGUUGAAUCCAAGUCUAUAGACAAGCAAAAGAACCUCGUAACGGUGACGGGGACGAUGGACGUCAAAGCUCUAGUGGAGUCCCUCAAAGACAGACUGAAGAGGCCCGUCGAAAUCGUUCCGCCCAAGAAAGACGCCGGUGGUGGCGGCGGAGGCGAGAAGAAAGCAAAGGAUGGGGAUAAGAAGGCCGAUGGGGGAGGGAAGAAGGAAGAGGGUGUCAAAGCAGAAGAGAACUAUUUCUUACACGAGCCCAUGCCCGGAUUCGGUUUCACAGCGGGACCGGGCCAAUUCUACCCUCCUCAUCCUGCUCAUCCUGCUCAGAUGUACACACCACCCGGAUACGGAUACGGGGCCGGAUACGCACCUGCCUAUGGACCCGGGUAUGGAUACGGGUACGCGGCGGAGUCGCCGCACGCGCCGCAGAUGUUCAGCGAUGAGAACCCAAAUGCUUGCUCUGUUAUGUGAGGAGGGUGGGAGACCUGAAGCCGACAUGCAUUCAGAGUUAUAAUAUAGAAGAAUGUAUAUAUUAGAAAAGAGAGAGAGAGAGAGAGAGAGUUGGUGGAUAGCCGGAAAAGGCUAAGCCGUUCCGGAGUUGAAUCACGUUGGAAUGGUUGGUGGUGUUUUUUGGGUCUUCCCAAUUUCUAGUUGGUUAAGUUGAAUUCUCAGAAUUUGAUUUGUUUUAAAUUGGUUAUUAUUUUGAUAUGGAAUAUGAAUGUGGUCAUGUUUUUGAACGGUA